AUGAGCCACAACCCGUCCUCGUCCGCAUCUAGCAGCGCCAAUCUGGACAGGUUCUUCAAGGAUGUGGAGGUGAUCAAGGACGAGCUCAAGGAGGUGGAGCGCAUCCAUCGCCGACUUGACGAGUCGAACGAGGCCUCCAAGACCCUCCACGCCGUCCGCAACCUCCGCGCCCGCAUGGACGGCGAUGUUGGCACCGCCCUAAAGAAGGCCAAGCUCAUCAAGCUCCGCCUCGAGUCCCUCGACCGCGCCAACGCCGUCAACUACUCCCUUCCAUGCUGCGGCCCCGGCACCUCCACGAACCGCACCCACACCUCCGUCGUUGCCGGCCUCCGCAAGAAGCUGAAGGACUCGAUGGAGGGCUUCGGUGAGCUGUGGAAGACGGUCACCGUUGAUUACUGGGAGUUCGUCGAGCGGUGCUACUACACGGCGACCGAGAAGAAGCCCGAUGAACAGACAGUGGAGGCCUUGGUGGCGACGGGAGAAGGCAAGAGGUUCUUGCAGAGGGCGAUAGAGGAGCAGGGGAGGGUGAGGGUCCUGGACGUGAUAACUGAGAUCCAGGAGAGGCACACGGCAGCGGCGGAUCUCGAGAGGAGCCUGCUGGAGCUGCACCAGGUGUUUAUGGACAUGUCUGUGCUUAGGGCCUUAUCUGUGCUGGUGGCGACGCAGGGGGAGCAACUGGACGACAUCGAGAGCCAGGUCGGGCAGGCCCAAUUCUUGUUAUCGAGCUCGAGAAGAGUUUUUUUUGAGUACGUGGUAGUUGCUGUAACCCUGGCUCGAAAUCUCGAGUAG